GGUGCAUGGAGGGACUGUCCCAUGAGCGGAUGCUAUUCUCCAAGGCCAGCCUGCAUCUGCGUCACAUUCCCAGCUCGUGGGGGCUUCACUCUGGGUCAGAGGCGGUUCUCAGCUCCUGAACCCAGCCAUGAAGUCCCGUCCAGGAGCUGCGGCCGUGCUGCUGCCCAUCGCUCUCUGCCUCAGUUUGGCUCCGGUGUGUUUGGGAGCUGCCAUCCCCGCUGCGUGUGGAACCAUCUACAAGAGCUUUGCUCAGUGUCUCAUCUCACUCGGGGACAGUUUGGUGGAAACACAGAAAGACCAGAGCACACAGGACAUCGACUCAAUCUGCAGGUCCUGGAAUACUUUCCAUGUCUGUGCCAGCUCCGCCCUGGCCGGCUGCCCAGGAGAAGCAGCAGCUAUCUGGGAGUCUCUGAGACAAGAGUCCAGGAAGGCCCAGUUUUCUGGAAACCUUUAUGACAUGUGCGCCAGCCGAACCACUCUCCCCCCCAGCUCUCUGCCUGCACCCGACAGCUCUGCCACCUCGGACCAGACGAACAAGGAGACUCUGAAGGGCCAUGGACACAAACACGGCUCCGCCAGCAUCUCAGUGCUGCUGCCUGUGUGCAGCGUUCUGCUGCUGCUGUCCCUCAGGAGUUAGUCACCCCAAACAGAGACGCUCACGCAGCAAAGACUCAACAAGCUGCAGGCUUUUCAACUGGAGAUGCUACCGUGAGACGCUGGGUGAUUGUUGUCCGGCGUGAAUGUGUGACUGUGC